ACUGAAAUUUGUGACAGACCAUAGUAUAAUACAAAAAUUUUGAGUGGAUGGUGUUUGUAUGAACAAUGACAGGUAGCCAGUUUCCGUUUUGGUGAAUGGCAACUUCAACAAACCAAGAGAGUUUUUAAUACACUACAGAAUCGUAAGAAUGAACAGCAGUGAGAAUCCUGAUUACUUGUUUCAUUUCUUACGCAUAAUAUUUACAAAUCCAAGACCAGUGGCCCUGUUGAAUUCAGAAGAAAAGGAAAACGUCCGAUUUGAACCUAGGGAUACUUUUCCUGCAAGGUGCGUCUUAACAGCAAAUCAUACUCGCAUUUGUUCGGCCUCAAAUGAUUCUUGCGACAACCAAUGUCAUUGUAUUUGGUGUUUACAUCGGCCUUCCUGUUAGAUGUGCGCAGUUGCGAUGUCAUUUACACGAAAGCCUCACAGUAGCGCACUUACUGGGAUCCUAAAGUAUACGCACAGUGAAUUUAACAUAUUGGUCAAUACUCACGGUAGAACCAGUGUUAUGUGCGUACUGUUGGACUGUUAGUCACUAAUUUCCUGCACAUUUUCUUUCUAGAAAAUAAACGCACAAAGUACUGUAGGUUGUGUUCACCAGCGACCUGAAAGUCUCAAUGCACCCAUAUAUUGCCACUAUGGCUUAUUUUUCUGUACUUUAUUCACUGCUGUGGAAAAAAAGUGAGGAAUUCCACAUGCUUCAGUAAUAAACAGAAAAUAUUCAGGUGAAAGGUUUUCUCCACUUCUCAAACAGCGAACUUGGGUACACAUUUGUAUUUCAAAUAAUUACAAAUACUGAAAAUAAACAAAUCUCCAUCAUAAAAUACCUUGCAAACCUUCGCUCAUUUAAGUAUUAUCGCCUAAUAUUCUAGCAAAAAACAUCUCUUAGACAGUAUUUAUUGGACAAAUAAGAGCAUUGGAAACAGUAUAUGAUGAUCACCUUCAGUCAUCUUGUAAGCACUCAUCCAAGAAGUGGGCAUUCGGAUUGCAAGUUAUAACUAAUCCAUCACAAUUUGGAAAGAAUAGUAAUGCAGUCAGCUACAACACUGGAUGAAAGAAUCAUACAGCUGAUACUGGGCCAGAAAGCUGUAAAAAAUGAAGCCACAGCAGAGAACAGUGAAAUGAAUGAAAUGAGCUUUGAGCUUGAAGCAGAUAACACUGCCUGUGUCGCAGACAAAAUCCAUCCAGUCCAGCUCUGUAGGUUGUGUGCUGCUAGUGUGGAUGAUGAUGUUGUAUAUAUAUUCAGCUCAGAUGGUCACAGUUUAAAUCUCCCUGAAAAAAUCAACAGGAAUUUACCUGUCAAGGUUAAGAUCACAGAUCCACUUCCAAAACAACUGUGCAUGGAUUGUGUCAAUAAAGUCAACAUGUUUGAUGAUUUUGCUGAAACAUGUGUGGAAGCAGAAGGGAAGUUAAUAACAAUGAUGAAACUAAUGCAUUUCAGGUCACAUUCAAGAACACAGAAGUGUGGACUAAAGAAUAAACAUAUGGUGGCAGACAAUACAGAGAGAAAUUCUUCAUGUUCAUCAGUAACUAAGAAUGUGGACGACAAGAGAACAGAUGAAAAUGAAUUUAAUUUAUAUGCUGCAAGUGCAUCUCAUGUGAGUGUUAAAGUCAAUGGUGAUCUCAUAGAUGACUCAAACAAAAAUUGUGCACCACAAGCAGUGAAUGAUGUACUGGUAAAAAUAGAAGCUAAUGAACACAAAAAUCAGUUGGAGAAAAAUAAUACACAGGAAGCCAAUCCUCAAGUUGAGUUGGAAACUGAUUUUGUAAAAGAUUUAGAUGCAACAGAAAUUUCUUAUUGCUGUCCUCUUUGUUGUCAAGGAAGUGUCAGUGCUCAGAAUAUUGUCAAAGACCUUGAAACCUGUACUCCUAUGGAAAGUUCAACCUAUUCUGAUAUGGAAGAUGAAGACGACGAUGAUGAAGAAGAAGAAGAUGAUGAUGUUGAUUAUAUAGAUGUACAUAUAAUAGAUGACAUAAGUGAUGAAUCAAAUCUUGUAUAUCCUUCACUUGAUAACUUUGCUUUAUCUAAAAUUGAUGAUGAUAGUAACACAACAGAUGAAAAUUAUUCUGAUUGGUGGAAUAUGGAAAAUGCUUUAGAGGAUGCUGAUAUUAUUGUGGAUACGUUAAACCCACAAGCAGGUGAAGUGUAUCAUAGCUUCGAAUCUCAUGACAACCAAGAAACUCUUAUAAAAAACUUUGAUAAUGUAAAGGAUGUAGACACAGAGGUUAACUACACUUGUAUAAUCUGCAAUAAUACAUUUCCAAGUGUUGAUCUUUGCUUGAACCAUGCAAAGGAGCACAGUGAGACUGACAAGCAUCCAUGUAGCUUGUGCAGUACAUUUUUUAAAACUGAAGCUGACCUUGUCAACCAUUUUAAGGAUCACCAGAUAGAGGAAGUUAAACUGAAAUCAAGAGGUAAGCGUUUGGUGUGCCCUACUUGCAAUAGGAGAUUUAAUGGGGAAAAAACAUACCUCCAACAUUCAUGUAUUACUCCUGAAACAAAACAGUUUCAUUGCAAGCAAUGUACAAAGUCGUAUAAUUCAGAGGAAAGGCUAGCAUUUCAUAUGAAAUUCCAUGAGGGUGCCAGAGCUAACUUUUGUGAAAAGUGUGCAAGGGAAUUUGAUAAUGAAUGUGCUUUAUACUAUCACACUCGUAUGGUUCAUAAUGGUGAGAGACCAUUUGCAUGUCCAAUUUGUCAUAAAAGAUUGUACUCCAACUCAAGAUUAGCAGCACAUAUGAGAGUUCACACUGGUGAAAGACCUUUUGCAUGUGAAUUUUGUGGGCGUAAAUUUUAUGACAGGGAAACUCUAAAAGGCCACUAUGUGACACACAUGUCUGUAAAACCGUAUCAGUGUGACUACUGUGGUAUGUGUUGUGGACGCUUAAGUAUAUUAAAACAGCACAUUCAGGCACAUCAUUCUGACUGUAGCACAUCCAAACGUUUACCCUCUCUUAUACAUUAUCAUUGUAAGACUUGUAACAAAACUUUCACUAGUUCAUCUGAUGUCCUGAAUCAUCGUUCAUCUCACUGGGGUACAAAAUCUACUUCUGAAAGUGCACAGGAGCAUGCUUGUGAAUACUGUGGAAAGUCUUUUUCAGUACUUCGUGCAUUAGGAAGGCAUCGAAAACGAGAACAUCCAGAUGAAAAACCUUAUGUAUGCAGUGUCUGCAAGGAAGCAUCUCAUACACUUUAUGAAGCUCGAGUUCAUAGAAAAAUACAUACAGAUAGUGAAUUGAAACUGAAAACCAAGGAAACUUCAGAUAAUUCUGUUAUGUUUGUAUGUGAAGCCUGUGGCAAUAUUUUUGUUGACAAACGAACUUUUACAAAACAUCUCAGGGAACACAAGCCCCAUGCAUCUUAUAAUUGCAAAGUUUGUGGAAAGCAAUUUGCAGAUAAUCAGAGACUCACAGUUCACAUGAGACUUCACACAGGAGAAAAACCCUAUGCAUGUACUGUGUGCAACAAGAGGUUUACACAGACAUCUGCCCUAUACACACAUGCUCUGCUCCACACAGGUGAGAAACCACAUCAGUGUGACUUAUGUGGUAAAGCUUUUCGUAUAAAAGCAGAUCGUGAUAAUCACCGUCGUACCCACACGGGAGAAAAACCAUACAAAUGUGAAUUCUGCAACAAACAGUUUCGGACUGGACAAGUGUACUAUCAGCAUCGCAUGAUUCACACAGGAGAACGUCGAUUUCCUUGUGAUAUCUGCGGAAAAGCCUUUAAACGUUCCCAUACCCUCGUUGUUCAUAAAAGGAUACACACUGGUGAAAAACCUAAUAUAUGUGAUAUAUGUGGAAAAGGUUUCCGACAGCGUAGUGACAUGAGAAAACAUAGAUCAAUACAUACUCCAGCUGAACCAUCAUGAUGAUUGUUAGUGUCUUUCAAGUUAAGAUGUGGAAUUCUUAUGCAGAAUAGUUUUUGAUUUUCUGAAUCACUGAAUUUGUUGCAGCAUUCACAAAUACCUGAAAAGUCAACUCCCACAACUCUCAUCGCGCUUUAAGUGUUUGUGUGAAGUGUAAAAACUUUAGACAGUAUUUUGUGAUAAACUACAACAAUUGGAUUUAGUAUUUAUGUUUGUCUGUAUCAUAGUAAAUGUUGAUUUAGAAGCUAUCAUUCCUGAGCCUUGCUUCUAUGUAUGACAGCACUGACAUUUUAUAAUAUCUAAAUUAUUGAAACCAUAUUUGCAGUAUGUUUACAAAGCGAUUUAUGCAUUUUUUUCAUAGUACUGCACUCUACUCUGUUAUCCAAGUGAGGUUUUUUACUACUUAAUAUUGUACUGCAUAAAUAAUUGCAACAAGAUUUUGUGAUUUUUAAAAUAAAAAUGUCACAUCUGUAAUUACAGCUUGGAACCAUUAAAGAAAUGGUGUGGUCAUUUUUAUGGAAAAUAACAACACUCCUUUCUUUUGAAAUGUUUGAGUAGCUGAGAAUACUGAUGGAAAUACAAAAUGAAUAAAACAAUAAAUUAUAAUGCAGUAAUCAAGAAGAAAUGGAAUUCCAAAUAUUUGUUUGAUAAGAUUAUUAAAUCCUAACAAUUAUCAGGUUGUAAAGACAAGUGUUACAAUCAUGAAGAGGCUGGGUGUAUAAAACAUGCACACACAUAGGGAGGGGGAGGGGGAGAGAGAGAGAGAGAGAGAGAGAGAGAGAGAGAGAGAGAGAGAGA